CUAGAACAAAGUACCUGCUGAAAUGGACCAAAUGCCUCCAUAUGGUGCCGUGGGCACACCGACUCCUGGUAUCAUCGACAAUGAUCGGUCGUUGUCAGUAGAAUCAUAUUGUUCUUCUUUCAAAGUUGGAAACAUCUGUGAAUCAGCCCGCCUGUGCUGAGCGACCCCGAAAAUGGGGGAUACCAUCUUCUCUCUCCUACCCGGGUUCUGGCCGUGGCCAGCAUAUGCCGUUGUUGGUCUGGUAGCAUACUUCAUAUUGCGAGGCGUCUAUUUGGCCAUCUACAGGCUCUAUUUCCAUCCUCUAGCAACAUUCCCGGGCCCUAAGCUGGGAGCGGCUACACACUGGUACGAGGCCUAUUACGACAUCUUCAGCCAGGGAGGUGGGCAAUGGACGUUCCAGAUACGGCGGCUACACGAGAUGUAUGGGCCAAUUGUUCGUAUCAACCCGGAUGAGAUACAUAUAGACGACGUGGAAUACUACGACGUCGUUUACUGCAACAAUACCCCCAACCGCCCCAUAGACAAGACCGAGAAGUUUAGGUAUCGGUUCAGUGUCCCGGAGGCUACGGUGCAGACCGGUCUGGCAGAGGUUCACCGACGCCGUCGUGCUGCUAUAGCGCCAUGUUUCUCGAAAGCGCGCAUCAGGAGUCGCAAUGACGACCUCCAGGUUAUUAUUGAUGGCAUUUCAAAACGCCUGUCGACUGAGUAUGCAGGGACUAGCAAGACCAUCAACGUGAACUUCAUGUGGAGUGCCAUGGCAUCCGACAUUAUCACCGAGAUAGCUUUCGCUCGCCCAACAGACUUCUCAUCAGCGCCAGAUUUCACCUCACCAUUUGCCCAGGCAAUAACACAGGCCGUUAAUGCCUCCCACGUCAUGACACACUUCGGCUUUCUUGUUACAAUGUUGAACUCUCUCCCUGAUUUCAUACUCGCAUUCAUGACGCCAUCUUUCAAGCCUGUUUUGAGAUUCCGAAUAGAAAUGGCCCAGUACAUACAGAGCUUCCUCGAUAAGAAGGAAAUUGCUGCCAAGGAGUCAUCUGAGCCGACCAUUUUCCAUGAUGCGCUCUCGGCGGAUUUGCCUGAGGAAGAUAUGACCUUAUCGAGACUGCAGCAAGAAGCAAUGGCCGUGAAUGGUGGUGCCGUUGAGACGACUUCGUGGGCUCUCACGGUUGCUGUGUUCCACAUCCUCAACAACCCAUCCAUCAAGUCGCGUCUAACCGCCGAGCUCACUAAGGCGAUGCCGGACCCGGCCAAGAUCCUACCUUGGAACGAACUAGAGGACCUUCCUUACUUGUCUGCUGUUAUCAUGGAAGCUCUGCGCUUGAGCUUCGGCUCCGUCCAACGACUACCGCGCGUGAAUCGCCUCGGCAUGCUGCAGUACAAAGAGUGGACGAUACCCCCCAACACGGCAGUCAGCAUGGAUGCGUAUCACAUGCACAUGAACGAGACAGUAUUUCCCAAUCCUACGGAGUUCCAACCAGAUCGGUGGCUCGGCGAUCCUAAAGGCCCGGGAGGCCUGCGUCCCCUGUCGUCGUACAUGGUCUCGUUCAGCCGUGGAGCGCGGAAUUGUCUGGGUCUCAACCUCGCGUGGAUGGAGUUGUACGUCGGGCUUGCGACCGUCUUCCGCAGGCACGAAUUGGAGCUCUUUGAGACGACCCGAGACGACGUCGACUUUAUCGUCGACCUUGCUCGACCGAUGCCGAAAUGGGGAAGCAAGGGGGUCCGAAUCAUGGUGAACUAGCGAACGAACGCUCGAUCGGAAUCUCGGCUCCCCAUAUACGAUUAGGAAAUAAUUACCCAUUUUCAUUAUACAGAUGUCAAGCCCUAUUUGUGUCUGCUUGCAGAAUCUAUACCACUAGUGUACAUAUAAGUCAAUCCCUUUCCUUGGCCUAUGUGGUGGCCGUCUAGUUAAUUCCGCGCCGUGGCAA